UCCCGUACUCGCUCCACUCGCCCGAGGCGAGGCCAGCGCUAUAGCACAGGAGAAAAAUCAGGCGAGGCGAGAGAAGCUAGACAGUGUCCUGUGUCCGUCUCGUCUCGCUCCAUUCCCCGACCAAACUCAGGGGAUCGCCGCCGGUCCGUCCGUCGCCGGCAUCUUGCCGAAGCGAAUCGGCCCCGCCGUCAAGGAUCCAAUGGCUCUGAAUGAGCGCCUCAGCAAAUUUAAACAACAACAGGAGAGGUGCCAGACAACUCUAUCCAGCAUUGCUGCAAGCCAAGCUUCAAGUACAAAGUCACAAAUUGCUCCAAGGUCUAAACCAGCCAAUGCUCCAUCAGCUCCAGCGAGACCGACGCAGGCUAUUAAAUUCUCAAAUGAUACAGAAAGGCUUCAACACAUCAAUUCAGUGAGGAAGUCUCCUGUCGGAGCACAGAUCAAAUUAGUAAUAGAACUGCUUUACAAGACAAGACUAGCUUUUACGGCAGAGCAAAUAGAUGGAGCAACAUAUGUUGCAAUUAAUAGUAACAAGGCCGUCUUUGACAGCCUGAGGAACAAUCCGAAAGUACAAUUUGAUGGAAAGCGUUUCUCGUACAAGUCGAAGCAUGAUUUGAAUGGAAAAGAUCAAUUACUUUCUUUGAUUAGAGAUUAUCCCGAGGGCCUACCUGUUGUGGAGGUCAAGGAUGCAUAUCCAUCUGUAUUGGAAGACUUACAGGCUCUCAAAGCCUCAGGCGACAUCUGGUGGCUAUCAAGCAUGGACUCCCAGGAAGACAUUGCGUACCCCAAUGAUCCUAAAUCAAAGAUCAAGCUCGAUGCUGACUUGAAGGAUCUGUACCGGGGCAUAGAACUACCACGCGACAUGUUGGACAUUGAGAAGGAGCUUCAGAAGAAUGGCCUCAAACCAGCAACCGACACGACAAAGAGGCGUGCAGCAGCACAGAUUCAUGGCCAGCCACCAAAGCCGAAGCCCAAGAAGAAGCAGCGUGAGAUCACUAAAAGGACCAAGCUCACGAACGCACAUAUGCCUGAGCUGUUCGACCUGCCUAAGAAAUAGGCAAUGGUGCAUAGGACUUCCGAGGCAAUUCAUCAUGGCUGAGCUCGAAACAAUAAUUUAUAAAUAUACAACCUUUUUUUUGGGUUGCCCGACCAUUGAUGAGAAUGAGUUGCAUUAUCUCAAAACUUAAAAAAUGAGCUUGAUGCUUAUGUUUGUUAUGUGUCCAUAAUAUAACUGAGGUUGAUGAAUAACUACAUUUGCAUCCCAACUUGAUCUGUAUGUUGCGCGCUGCCAAGCUGCAAUGACAAUCUUUCAUUAUUUAGAGCA